AUGCCCAAAAAGAGAGCGUUUGGUGACCUUACAGGUCCUUCUACUCUUGAAUCCAACAAGAUUAUUGUGGGUGUUGACUAUGGGACCACCUUCACAGGAGGCGGCCUGAGUGACAUCAAACUCAUCACUACCUGGCCCGGUCCAUCUAGGAAUACCGAUACUGUGAUCAAAACCCCGUCCCGAAUUGCAUACCCUGUCGAGAAUCCAGGCCUUUCCCAUGAAAUGUGGGGAUACCAGGUUCAACCCGGAAUGGCAGCAUGCUCAUGGACAAAGCUUCUUCUUGAUCAAGGAAGACCGUUUACUAAGUACGACGAUGUUACUCUUGAAACCGCCUCUCAGACUGGCAUUUUAAGACUACCUGAUGGGAAGUUGGCCAUUGAAGUCAUCGCUGACUAUUUAUCUCAUAUACGCGAGCACAUCUUCACGACGAUUGCCAAGCAUAUCACCGAGGAUGAGCUACGUAUCACACCACUGGAGUUCUGGUUUACAGUCCCCGCAAUCUGGUCUGACAAAGCGCGAUCUGACACAAGGCUGGUGGCCCAGAAGGCAGGCUUUGGUGCUUCUGUGACACGGCCAAAUGACCGAAUCUUUCUGAUCAACGAACCUGAGGCGGCGGCAGUUACGGCGCUGCAGAAAUAUACGAUCAAUCCCUUGGGAGCAUCAAUAAAGGCAAAUGGUGUGCUUAUCUGUGACUGUGGUGGCGGCACUGUGGAUAUUACAACUUAUUUAGUCGAUGAAACAUCGCCAGCAUUGAAAUUCAAGGAGAUUUGCACGGGAACAGGGGGCAAAUGCGGAUCGACCGCAGUGGAUCGCAACUUCUACAAUCUAAUGUUGGAGCGAUUCGGCCGUGACUUCGAGACACUGCCUAUGAAAAGAAAAGGCCCCGGCAGCGAGUUCAUGAACAAAUUCGACAUUAUCAAAAGAGACUUUACGGAUCCUGAAGAUGCGGAAAUUCUUGAACUCCCUCUGAACAUGACAAUGUCUAAACUCAAACUCGACCCUGAAUACUUUGAUGGAGAUGAACGACAGGUACUUGUGACAAGUGGUGACCUACGCAGGAUCUUCACUCCUGUCGUCGACAAAAUUAUGCGCCUCGUUGAACAGCAGAUUACCGAUGCCAGUCGGGAGACUAAUAAAGAUAUUAUCAAUAGAAUUAUCUUGGUCGGUGGAUUCGGCGACUCUCAUUAUCUUCGCAAGGCCUUCCGAUCACGAUUUGAGCCCAGGCACAUUACUGUCACCAUUCCUGACAAUCCACAAGCCGCAAUUGUACAAGGCGCCGCCUUACGCGGCCUGGAUGGUAUUCAACCCACAUCCAAACGCUGCCGUCGCCACUACGGAUUUUCAUGUUCAAUUCGAUUCCGGGAUGGAAUAGACAACGAAGCUCAUGCAUUCAUUGACAUAUACGAUGGUGUAAAACGCACUGGAGGGAUUAUUAGCUGGGUAAUGGCAAAGGGCGAUCAGUACUCCGAAGGGCAUACUAUUCGCAAGCCGCUCAAAUGGUCCCAUUCUGUGUUUGAAAGUCUGGUGAGGCCUGUAAAGCUUUAUGCUUGUGAUCAGGCAAUUGCUCCGGAGCGGGUCGAUCAUAAUGGUUCGUUUGAUAAAGGUCCAGAUGUCUACGAAGUUGGCACCAUUUCUCUAGACUUUUCCGACAUGGACCUGAAUUUAUUCAAGCCAAAGCUUCGAGAGGGUAGGCGUGUUUUUAAGCUAAAAUACAGCCUUAAAGUCAUCUUCGGAGCGCUGGAGGGCGUCUUGAAGUUUGAAUCUGUUAGUCAGGGAAAGGUGAUUGGACGCACGAGCAUCGACUUUGACACCGUCAGGUAUUAUUGA